AUGCCAGCCGGCAGCACCUUGGCUUGCCCCACAGGCCCUAAUGGGUUCCCUUCAGGACUUGGUGGGAGCCCUGCUUGCUCGGAGGGCCCCAGAGGGAGGGGGGCCCCACUGCGUGUCCUUGAGUUUUUCAGCGGCAUAGGAGGCCUGCGUGUGGGUCUUUCUGAGGCACUGGAGAAUCUGCGGCGGGAAUGGGUUUGCGAGAUAGCUACCGAAGUUGUGGGGGCGUAUGACAUCAGUGCAACAGCCAACGCGGUGUAUAAGCACAACUUCAGAACUUCGCCGAUUUGCGUAUCUAUAGAACAUCUGUCCCUGCAGCAGGUAGACGGGCAGGCAGACAUAUGGCUGCUGUCCCCUCCAUGCCAGCCGUACACACGGGGAGGCAAGAAACUAGACAGCAGAGACGGCAGGGCCACAGGCUUCUUGCACUUGCUGCAGCUGCUUAGCAAAUGCUGCUCUCCUCCUCAGUUCAUAUUCUUAGAAAAUGUCAGGGGCUUUGAGAGCUCAGACACCUGGACACGAAUGCAACAGGUGCUUUGCGGCCAACUUUACCGAGUUGAACACUUCCUUCUGUCCCCCACACAAAUAGGCAUUCCAAAUACAAGAGUCAGAUACUACUGUCUGGCCUGUAGAGACGCAACCGAGCCCCGGCAGAAAAGCCUGCAAUCCCUGCUUUCAGAGCAGCAACAGCAGCGAGGUCCGCAACAGCAGGGUGUGUUUGUAGGCGCGUGGCAGCAGCGAGAACGGCAGCAGGAACAGCAGCCGCAAUUUGUCAACCAAGGCCAGUUGGACGUGUCUUCAAGUAUCAGUGUGGAGGCUUGUCAGUUGCAGCUAAUGCCCCCCGCUGUAUCUUCAGGGGCCCUUGGAGCCCCCACAUUACAUGAAACCUUUCACCUACGUUGCAUAGGGGACUUCUUGGAGGCAAACAUUUCGCCGGAGGAGCAGCAGGCUCUGCACAUCCCUGCCGCUCGUCUCUGCCGUUUUAUAGACAUGCAUACGCAGGACACGGAGACAGGGAAGAGUAAGCGCAAAGAGACAGAGACGAAGGAGGCAACAGCGGGGGAGUGGCCCAGAGGUGCAGAUCAGAGAGAGGGAGAGUAUAGCGAUACAGAAACCGGCGAUGGGGGGAACGAUGCAGAAGGGGAUAUCGAGGCGGUUAAUGUGUAUAAGAUAAGCACAAACCCGCCGUCUCAGAGCAGCAACGGUUUCAGGCUUGAAAUAGUCAGCCCGAGCCACACUGCAUGCGGUACAUUCACCAAGGGGUACGGACGCAACCUCCACUCCGGAGGGCCCCUCCUCCUCGUUCCGCCAACAAGCCCUACAGCAAUAUCCGCUGUAGCAGCAGCAACAACAGCGGGAAGAGCUCAAGCAGCAGCGGCUAGAGCAGCCUCACCUGAAUCACCAACUGCUGUAACGGCUGCAGCGACUGCUGCAGCAACAGCAGCUGCAGUGCUUUCUCCGGAGACUUUAGAACGGAGCCGUUUCCGUCGUUUGCGUGCAGGGGAAACUAUCCGUUUCUUUUCAUCUCGGGAAUUGCUUCGGCUGCAUGGAUUCCCCGAGUCUUUUGCUUUUCCCCCCUCUUUGUCUUUUCGCAAGCGGGCAGCCCUCGUGGGCAACUCCGUAAAUGUCAAAGUAGUGGCACUGCUGCUGCAGCACCUGCUGCAGCAACAUUUCCAGCAUAUGCAGCCCAGCACAAACUGA